CCCUUUUUCUCAAGGCCAGUCGAACAUAUUUUAUAUUUCUAUGUUCACUUACUUUUUAACAGUCAGUUUCACAUUAUUUCAGCAACCAAAAUUCAUUUGGAAAAAUGUUUAAAUAAAAUGUGAGGUGCCACAAAAAAAAACUUCUACCGUUAUUAAAAUAGUGAUCAAUGCUUUUAAUUUGAAAUGUAACCGAAAGUUCUGUUAAAUGGAUCCGCGAUUAGUUGAAACAGCACGUUGACACUUUGUAAAAAAUGGAAAUGCGUUAAAAAAAAUAUUGUAGACUUUUUUUUUUACAAAUUAUUGUCACGGACGCCGCCAUGUUGUUUACGCUGCAAUGCAUUCUGGGUGUUAUGGCGCACGAGAGCGUUAAAAUAAAAUGAAACGCAGAAGAUGCGCGAGGGAACAAAUCACAUCUGUAGGGGAUAAAUGUGAGCUAUACUACUUUAAUUGGAAACUUUGAAGUUAGGAAAGUUACACCAUAUUUAGGGUGACAUGUUUAGUUGUGGAGCGACGCAUAACCGCGAGUUGGUGAAGCUAAAUAAAUAGAUGGAAGUGAAAUGCUACUGAAGUAAACCAGCAAAAUUUAAUAAUGUUAAGUUAGGGUUUGUUCAGUCCGGUGGACAUGUUCGGAUUGAGCAUCGUUUAAAGUCAACUUCUUUCGUCCAAUCAGGUGUGGUAACACCAUUCUUUAGAAAGGUGCAGGUACUAUUUGUAUUUAUUUAUUUACCUCCGCCCACGGCAAGAGUUUAUUUCAUUUUUUAUUUUAUUUUUUGUUUUUUCCAUUUUUUGGCUUUUUAUCCCACAACCGUCUGAUUUGGCCCCAUCUCCUGCAGGUCUUUUAUUUUUGUUUUAUUUGUUUUUUUGCUCCACCCAUGUGUACUCUAUGGAAGUCUGUUUCCGACACGCUGGUAAAAAAAAAACAAAAACAAAAAAAACAAAACUACUCAUAAUAAGAAUAAAAAUCUUGAAAUUUCGAGAUACUGUAAUAAGAUAUUUACUUUUAAUAUUAUUUAUUUAUUUUACCAGAGUGGCGGAAACGGGCUUCCAUAGAAACGGGCUUCCAUAGUGCUCAAUUCAAGUUUAUUUUUUAAUUUUUGUGAAUAUAAUUCUUUUCCACUUGUCUCUUUCAAGAGUUUCUUUUUUCCCCUCUCUUUUGUGGCUUUGCCUCCUCUAUCCAACAUGUCUGGCGUGGUGCCGCCCCCUGUAGUUUUUUGGCUCCGCCCCCUGCAGGUGUAUUCUCUCCCCGUGGUCCUAGCCUCAGUCUCACCUGUCGGCCUGCAGCCAUGCUGGAUGAGGCAGUCGGACUUGGCGCUGUGACCGUACUGGGAGUUCUGGAGCAAGGUAAGAACCAGGAACUGGGUCCGGUUCAGCUUCGCUCUGCUGUACUGAUAUCUUGCUGGUUUCCAUGGAAACCGCUCAGCUGACUGUAAAUCUGAAGCCUUGGUGAUAAACAGUUUAUUCGGCUGAAGCUUUUAAGAAUUAAUUUGCAUCCAGUGUUGACAGAGUGGACCUCCAAUGUUCCCACAGUCCGGUCGGAACCGACCCGGAAAAUAAACUUGUAUGAAAAUCAGCCUGAUGAAGGUGAGGAUGAUGAUGACAGUGUGUGUGUGUGUGUGUGUGUGUGCAGCUUAUUUUUCCCUGCAGGUCAUUUAUGCCAGGAGGAAGUAUUCGGUGUCUCCGCCCUGCAUCAGCGGGCCGCCGGAGUUCGAGCGGAUCUUCAGAGCCCAAGCGAAUUGUUCAGAGUACUUCCCCAUCUUCAUCACCAUUCUGUGGAUGGCGGGAGUCUUCUUCAGCCAAGGCCUGUCCAGCCUCUGUGGUCUGCUCUACCUUUAUGGACGGCUGUGUUACUUCUGGGGCUACGCCGAGUCGGCUCCGGGACGUUUGGCUCCACUCUACUUCAGCGCUCGGGUUCUGUGGGUUCUGAUUGGGUUCUCGGCCGUCGGCGUCAUCUUGUCGUUCUGCCGGGUUUACCUGGAGUUGGACCUGCUGCAGGCCCUUGGCCACGCCCUGUUCUGACCCGGAGAGAACAAGGUUCUGCUGUGUUUCUGUUCUGGUUCGGAAAGCGUUUUCCAACUGCUGUGAAAAUGAAAACGGGUCAUUAAACAGAACCGAGCUGUUUCUUCA